CCCAUGGCUGGUCAGAACUAUAGCAUGGUGACUGAGUUCAUCCUCGUGGGAUUCUCUAACUUCCCACGGCAUCUCCUGCCCGCUUUGUUCCUGCUGUACCUGCUCAUGUACCUGUUCACGCUGUUGGGGAACCUGCUCAUCAUGGCCACAGUCUGGAGCGAGCGCAGCCUGCACACGCCCAUGUACCUCUUCCUGUGCGCCCUGUCCACCUCCGAGAUUCUGUUCACCGUUGCCAUCACUCCUCGCAUGCUGGUUGACAUGCUCUUCACCCACCGCACCAUCACCUGGGCGGCCUGUGCCAGCCAGAUGUUUUUCUCCUUCACAUUCGGCUUCACCCACUCCUUCCUGCUCAAGAUCAUGGGCUACGACCGCUACGUGGCCAUCUGCCACCCCCUGCGCUACAAUGUGCUCAUGAGCCCCCGUGGCUGUGCCCGCCUUGUGUCCUGGUCCUGGGCCGCUGGCUCAGUCAUAGGGAUGAUGUCGACCCUGAUAGUUUUUCACCUCACCUUCUGUGGGUCUAAUGUGAUCCAGCAUUUUCUAUGCCAUGUGUUUUCCCUCUUGAAAUUGGCCUGUGGGAAAGAAACAGCCUCCGUCACCUUGGGUGUGAUCCUGGUGUGUGUCUCAGCUCUGAUGGGCUGUUUAUUCCUCAUUGUCCUCUCCUAUGUCUUCAUCGUGGCCGCCAUAUUGCGGAUCCCCUCUGCUGAGGGCAGGCACAAGACCUUCUCCACAUGUGUGUCCCACCUCACGGUGGUCAUUGUGCACUACAGUUUUGCCUCCAUUAUCUACCUCAAGCCCAAGGGCCCCCAUUCUAUGGACAGUAACACCCUGAUGGCCACCACCUAUAUAGUCUUCACCCCCUUUCUCAGCCCGAUCAUUUUCAGCCUCAGAAAUAAGGAGCUCAAGAAUGCCAUAAAGAAAAGCUUCCAGAGAAAAUUCAGUCCCCUCAGCUCCUGA